UUUAUUGUUUUCGUUAAUUGGAUCACGUACCAGACGAAGAUGAGCAAAGGGCGUAUUUAAGCCAAAUAAACCAUCAUCAACUAAACAUACUGUAGAAAAUGAAAACAAAACAAAGAGGUCUCCCCACUUCUUAGUAGAACGUGAUCUCCUUCUGAGUACAUCAAUUGACCCAAGGUGUUUGGUAGCUGUAGUCAGUAGUGACAUACAAACCCACGACACUGCGGCAAACAUCGGCCACCGACUCCUAUCACCUGGCCCCGACCAAGCAAACAGGUUUUAAAAUGUCGGUGUAUCCGAUUUUGCUGCAUACAGUAGCAUGUGGAUGGUAUGCAUUUUUUUGGAAUGAGUUCUUAUCAAUUUCUAAAGAGGAUACAGAAGAAUGGCAUCCCAGGUACCAAGAUAUACAUGAAUUAGGAUGUAGAUACCUCACCAACUGGAAUUUGUUUAUGCAAACGUUAUACUUCAGUGGCUGUUUACUUCACGAUCUCAUGAAAAUUUUCAAAGGACCAAAUUGGCUUAAAUUAGGAACCAAAUUUCAAAUUUUACUGUCUGGUAGCUUUUCCUCUCUUAUACUACCUACUGGAAUAUUUGUAUCGGUGACAUUUUGGACCAUGUACGGCAUUGAUCGCGAGAUUGUUUAUCCAAAACUAAUUGACGACGUCAUACCAUAUUGGCAAAACCACGGAAUGCACACUGUGAUAUUACCCUUUGUUUUCGCUGAAGUAAUGACUACCAAACACAGAUUUUUGCCUGUGAAAGUUCUAGCAACGAUCCUUAUUUCAUUCGAAUUGCUUUACGGAAUUGUAUUUUUGGAAACCUACGUGGAAAAAGGCCGUUGGGUGUACCCUCUCUUCGGAAUGUUAAGCUUACCAGUAUCAAUAGCCGUAAUGAUAUUUUUGCUGUUCCUCUUAACUGUAUGUUUAUUUGUCGGUAUCUUCAUUCAAAAUCAACUGUGGGGUGAAGAAGAAAAGAAAGGAUACAAAAAACCUGUAAAAAAAUCAAAAUAAAUCAAUUUUCCUAAUAUAUAUAGUAUUAAGUAUUUUCCAUACUUAUGUCAUGUUUUUAUUUGAUUAAGAUAUACUGCUUUACAAAUAACUUUGUUAAGUACCUAUUGGAAAAUCACAAUAUUGAUAUAUUAUUUCGGACAGGAAGUGGGUUGUUAAAUGCUUAACAAAAUUGCUACUUGGUCGAGUUAAAUUGAAGAGUACAGGGAAAAAACCAGCAAAGUCACUUUUUAAAAAUGGCAAUUUUUGUUAUAAAAUUCGUUUUGAUACAAAACGAAUCUGUUCUUCACUUUUUAGCACGAUAAUAAACAAAAAUAUACAAUAUUUUUAAAAGUUUUAAGUAUUUCUUUAACAUUUUAAAACAUAUUUUAGCAUUACUUAAACAUGUUUUUCUUAGAUUAGAAAAAAGUGACUUUGCUGGUUUUUUCCUUGUACCCUUCAAUUAUGAUAACUAAAUUAUUUAUACUUUAAUGUAUAAAUAUAACGUUAAUUGUAUAUAUCUGUGUGUAGUAACUAUGUAAUGUGUAAUAAUCUUGAUUUGUAUAAAAUUAUUGUUUAUUUGAAGCUAUUAUUUUUAUAACUAUUUAAACCAUUUUAUACAAUAGGUAUUUAUUAUAAACGUCUGUUAUGUUGUUAUAUUAUUUUGUUUUGUAGCUUACUAUUUAUUUAUUGUAUAAUAAUGGAUACAUCGUGUUUAUUUUCCCUUUAUUUGUGAUUAUUGUAUUUUUGUUUACUCUAAAUGUGUAUGUACAUUAUAUAAUCAAUAGCAAAUGUACUAAAUUAGAUGUUAGGCAAGACCAAUUUCAGCCGAUUUUUUUCGUUAUGAUAACCGGUGUCGUUGUUGGUGUCGGUUUUUUCGUUAUGAUAAGCGGUAACGAUUUUUCCGUUUAUGUGCCAAAGCAAAGACAAUAAAAAUGUCAAUACUGUUUUAAGUGAUUAA